GCUUCCUCAAAUUGGUUGCGCCUGCGCGGGGCCAGAACUGCAGACCGCGGAGACCCGGAAGGUGGCUGAUCGAUCGUGGUGGAAAAGUCCGACAUGAACUCCGGGGAACGACGCAGACAGUUCUCUGGCCGUGGCGGAGAACGCAUCCCAACUGUUUAUGUAGAUGGCAGCUGCAAAAAUAAUGGGAGAGAUGGAGCCAAAGCUGGAUGUGGCGUUUUCUGGGGACCCAACAACCCACUAAAUGUCAGCGAGAGGGUUUCUGGACGACAGACAAACCAAACAGCAGAACUGAGGGCAGCCCACAAAGCAAUUGAACAAGCAAAGAGCCUAAAUAUGGACAAACUCAUCAUUGAAACUGAUAGCAAGUUUGUCAUCCAAGGCGUAACAAAAUGGAUGGAUAACUGGAAACAAAACGGAUGGAAAACAGCCUCUGGAAGAGAUGUUGUCAACAGAAGUGAUUUUGAGAAGAUUGAUCAAGCUUCCCGAGGCAUGGAUAUUCAGUGGAAGUAUGUUCCUGGCCAUCAAGGCAUCAAAGGCAAUGAAGAAGCUGAUAGAUUGGCCACAGAAGGAUCUAGAAAAUAAGACUUCAUUUUCAUCAUAGUUCCAUCUGCUGAUGCCAGCUUCCAAAGUUUUCUUCCCUUUUCCUCAUCUCCAUAUAAAACUGUUACACCGUUUUCUCAUUUUUGUUUCUACCUUUUUCUACCAUUGAUCUGAACAACCUGUUUGUCAAUUAAUAAAGGACUUUCUGCUUGAUGACUGGUUUAUUUCCCGUCUUCAGUGUUUAGAGCCAAAUGUUGAGGUUUGUUGUAGAGAAAACUUAAAUGCUAUUUCAGAGUAAAACAGGUUUAUUAAGGGUUUAAAUAUUAAGGAUUUAUAGAAUGUUUCAAAUUGGAAACUACAUGGCUCAUUGGAAUGACACCAGAAAGCCAUUUCACAAAACAACUACACAAACAUUUUUAUAGGGUCUUGACAAAGAAUAGAGUUCACAGCGAGAGUCAUGCAUGUCACAGCUGGGCAGCAGACUGGUAACGACAUUUUUUUUAUCGUGCUUUAAGUGCAAGUUUACAGUUCAAGUUGGUCUCUCAUACAAAAAUGUAUUGCAUACAUUGUUAUAUGACCCUAGUUGCUCUUAAUGUGACAACACACUCCCUUCCA